AUGUGCCCUUUUCUCACCCUCAUCCUAGUCGAGUAUUCAAAAAUUCAAGAAACAAAACAAGCGGUCCGCAUAGAAGUAUUUGUGCGCAAUGUUUGCGGGAGUAAACCGACAACUGAGCUUGCUUUUCAACUCAACUUAUUCUUAUGUACUCUUCAUAAGGUAACGUGGGGGUAUACCGUCACUAAUAGCCGUCCACCCUACACCUUGAAUACUCAAUUAUCUCGACUUAGGACCACGAGGCGGUUCUCCAAGCUUCUGUUCCUGCCUCUCGGGCCUCCUUUCCCUUCGAGUUUCCGUGCUCUUCUCGGCACAACGAUCGAUCAAGAUGAUCCGGGAAUAAUUGACCAAGGAAAACCCAUCCCCGAGAAAGAGUUCAUCCCUAUUUUUGGGAGUAAGACCCCUUUUUUGGUUUGGAUUCUCUGUCUGCACUCUAUUACCCAAAAUUUCACCGCCAAUUACAUGAAGUCGCACAGACUGAUAUUGGCAGCGACACAUUCUACGUCUUUAUCCUUCCCGAAGAAGGCGUUCACGCCUUCUAUCUUCCCCCCCAACUUCACGACACCCAGCGAGACUAAGGGAAGCUACCAAAUUUUUACAGCUAUACGAGUCUUUCAUGUCAGCAGAGGGGCGGUCAUUAGUUCAAUGGCAUAUGGAUUAUCCAAGGUGCUAUGUCUCAGGUUCAUCCUCUUUUAUUACCAUAAUCAGUUAUAUCAUCUUAGCUUAGCGGCAAGUGUUUGUGCUUCACAAUGGAGUCCAAGCUACGUAAAACGAAAUUUCAAUAUGAACAGCCGUAGCGAUUAUGCCGCAUCGAUUAUGACGCAGGCUCCCACUCUUUCUCCCCAACGUUUCACUCGCCUCAACUCCCUCUUAUUUUCUCUCCACUGGAUAAAGCAAUGGCAUAAAACCAAGCAGCUAGUCGUCUCUCACGUUCCCUUCAUGGCUCAUUUACCAUUCCUAUAUAAGCCCACCUUUACAACCAUGCGCUUGGUAAAGGCUCUCCUCUUUUUGGGGGCACUGUUUCCUACCGCCCUCGCUGCUCCCGCUGAUGCCUCAGUCAAGCAAGAUGCAUUUAUUCAGGUCAUUGGUCACCGCAACCCGGCUACAUGGGGGGGCAUACUCUCACUAUGGAUACAACCCAUGCGUUCCCAUCAGUCCAAACGCGUAAGUCAAAUUUUGAUCAUCUCUCAUUGCAGUCUUUCGGCCCAAAUACAUCUCUUUCAACGUGACAGUCGUAAACAACGAUACACACUGUACCUACAUGUAAUAUCAAGGCCUGUGGGUUCUACCCUAGAGCCAAGGCUUUGGACAAGGGGCGGGUCGAAGAUAAUUUGGGCGCUAACAAGGGAAGCGACGAUGAAUGUACUAUCUAACAUCUUGUCGCUUGUUAGUUUAACGGAAGACGCGAUUGAGUGCAAGAUUGUUUCGAGGCCGUUGAAGCAAGAUCCACUAUUCCAAAUUAGGGUACGAGGAAACAAUAUCACAAUGAAGGCUCUAUUACACGGUCUUGUGACUUACAAGUACCUAAAAAGGACGGAAAUUGAUCUUAACGCCUCUCUAGUGGCCAAGAAUUCCACCAGUGAAUCGCCAUUCGUGAUCCUCAUAAGCUUUUUAUGCAAAGACGAGGUUACAAAACAGCAACAGCAACAUGGCGACUUCCAAAAGCUCAGACUUAAUGAACGCAAUCAGACAGAAGGCUAUCACUUGUAUGAUACUGGAACGAACCGGCUUUACACUUCAAUACCUUAUGGUGAAGUUCACUAUGUCUUCGUUGGAGGUUUAGAUAGCUAUGAAACGCCUGCGUUAAUACCUUCCUCGACAAUGGCCUUUUGCCAUCGUCUCCUUUCCAGGCCCAGCUCUCUCGCCACGAUACGAUCGCCCAUGAACCAUACCCAAGAUGCUCGAAGAAUCGAAAUCCACAGCACCAGGCACACCCAUGAGGCACCAUACCGCAGCAUCGAUAUUUCUAAAACAAAAACUACCCCAGUAUCCACAACCUGGCGAAAUGAAACGCAGAAGAAGAGCCCUCCAGAGAAUUUUGUGUCAGACUUGGAGAAACUAGAAGCAUGCGGAAAGGGGAAAAUGCGACGUGCGGUGUCUGUUAAAGUCCAGAGCCAAGAAGUUGAGGGCGCGUGCGGUUCACACAUUCCUGUGCCGAUCGACAAGAUCCCCAUGAAUAUCUCUCAUACCAAGAAGCGGUUCAGCUGUCAAUUCAGACACUCGUAUGUGCUCCUUAGCCUCUCUUCAUCGGUGGCACUCCAUGCUCCUUCCACUAUCUUCCUCUUUUCCGUAAACACUACGGCAGAGAACAAGACCAGAGUGUCGGCAAACACUCUAACCCGAUGCGCCCGCCGUGUUGCGCACCACCACACCCGCCGCACCAAACGCGAUACUUUGCGCCGUAACUUGUCGACAUCUUGCAUGAUACUAUCGAAAGCCAUACUAGCGCACUGGCAUAGUUCUGAGGAGAGAUCACGGAAUGAGAGGCGAGUGAAGAAGCGAAGAGUGAGGAAGAAGAAGAUAACGGAGAUGAAGUCUUGUUCGUCCAUAUAUCCUCGCGGGAAGGGUUCACCCUGGCGCUAUCUAGAAGAGUUUGGCUUGUUGGUUUUAACACGAUUUCUACUCGAAUACCGGUACCGAUGUAAAGAUAGCAAUUCGAGGGCGAAUGUUGAUAUGAAGACAACGAAUCGGGGAUGUUCUUUGGGGGACCGGGAAUCUCACGUAUCAUGGAUUGCAGCUUCCCAGAAAGGUGAGCAGCAAAAUCAGAAUGAAAGUCCCAGCCCCAAACUCCCUUAUUCACCUACUCACUAUUUGGAGAGUCCGGCAAUUAUUCUUCGCUACGAAAUGAAUUUGCUUAUUGAUACUCAACUGCAGAAAUUAUUAAGCUCUCCAACCACACAAAACGACCAGCGCCGAUGA